ACCAAUUUCUUUGCAAUCCCAUUAUUUAUCAAGCAUUGUCUCUUCUGUUUCACCGUUCUUUCAUCCUGUUUGCCGGAAAACCCAUUUCAUCUUCGACGGAGAACACCUCUGUUCUGUUCAUGCAAAUAAUCAUCAUCUUAGACGUUUAGUUGCACUUGCACCACCUGUAUAUAUAUAUAUAUAUAUAUAUCGUGUGAUAGUGUGUGUGUGUGUUACUUUGUUUUAUAUUGUACACAGUCUCCUCCCUUAACGGUGUUGUAAUGUUAGCUGUUGUGUCACCACUAGAGAACAACACGACUAGAGAUGGAAGAGAUCAGGGAGCUGAGAUGGUCGGGUUUUCAGUUGGUGAUGAUUUCCCAGACUUCUCAGAUGAUAAUUUGUUGGAGAGUAUUGAUUUCGAUGAUCUGUUCGAGGGGAUGGAUGAUCGGGACAUGUUGCCGGAUUUGGAGAUGGACCCAGAACUACUCGCCGGAGAAUUCUCUCUUAGUGGCGGAGAAGCCGAUUCAUCUGAGUUCAAUAACAACAGUGUGACGUCAUUCUCCGGCGAACAGAAACUAGAAGAUCUGAUAUCAAGAAAAGAAGAAGAAGUGAGCAAGAGAGAUGAAAGAAACGAAGCUGUGGCCACAAAUCCAGCUCGAAAAGAAUCCGAUAGAGGACGCAAAUCUUCUUCAGAUAAAUCCAAAAAUUCUUCUCAAGGGAAGAGGAAAGUGAAGGUGGACUGGACGCCGGAGCUACAUCGGAGAUUCGUGCAAGCAGUGGAACAGUUGGGCGUGGAUAAAGCAGUCCCGUCAAGAAUUCUUGAGAUUAUGGGUAUUGGUUGUCUCACUCGCCAUAACAUUGCUAGCCAUCUUCAGAAAUAUAGGUCACAUCGAAAACAUCUAUUGGCAAGAGAAGCCGAGGCGGCAAGUUGGAGUCAGCGGCGGCAAAUGUAUGGUGGUAACACGACGAUCGGAGGAGGAGGAGGCGGCAGUGGCGGAGGCGGGGGCAAGAGGGAUAUGGGACCUUGGGUUGCACCACCAACCAUGGGCUUCCCUCCAAUGACACCAUUGCCUCAUUAUAGACCCCUGCAUGUUUGGGGUCACCCAUCCAUGGAUCGACCACUGAUGCCUGUAUGGCCAAAACAUAUCACCUCAUUGCCACCAACACCACCACCGCCACAUGUUUGGCCACCUUCUCCAUCUCCUCCACCACCAACUUGGCACCCUCACCACCAACACCAAAGAGCUCCAUACUUCCCACAAGUUCUACCACAAACGAGAUUUCCAACCCCGCAUGUACCGGUUCCGGGGAUCCCGCCACCCCAUGCCAUGUACAAAAUAGACUCCUGCGUCGGUGUGCCCACUCCUCCCAUCGGACAAUCGUGCCCACAACCACCUAGGGACCUUCAUCCCUCAAAGGAGAGCAUCGAUGCAGCGAUCGGAGACAUAUUAUCGAAACCAUGGCAGCCUCUUCCGCUCGGACUAAAACCACCGGCCCUUGAUAGUGUAAUGGUGGAACUACAAAGACAAGGGAUUCAAAAGAUACCACCAACUUGCGUCUAAAAGCUGUAUAGUUCAGUUGCUUGUGGUGGUGGCUUCUGUGCAAUUUUCAAUUCAGAGCAGAAGCUCCCCCGGCCCCUUCAUCAAUUCGACGACGUUUCCAUGCACUUAAAUGUGUACAUGACACCUAAUAUGCGAUGCGACUUCUUGUUUUCGGUUAUCGUUUCUUCUUGUGUCUUAUCAAGAAUUUUAACCUGAGCAUUGUUCUUGGUUCUUUUGCAUGCACACAAGAACUGUUGAUGUAUAAGCCAAAAUGGAUAUCAAUAAACCUAUAUAU